CGUAAACCGCCAUUUUGUGGUCCUUGCGACAAGGGAGAGGAAGUCCUGAUGAAUUCCGAGAAUACGGCAGAGAGGCAGUCUGUGGUGUCCCCGAGUGGCGUUGGGGAGGAAGAGGAGCAUGAUGUCCAUAAGUGUGGUCGUUGUCAGACCGAGUUUUGCAACCUGGAGACUUUCAUUACGCACAAAUUACAGAAAACAUGCCAGCGGAUCCAGGCUUUGUCCACUGGUGACUCUGACCAUCUACCUGUCAACCAAGCAACUCCCAAGGAAUCAGUGUCCUUGGACUCAGCGAUUACUCUCACACAGUUGGUUGUGGCUUCCUUAUCACAGCCUGAAGCAAACAACAAAUCACAGUCAGAUGAUGGAAGCAACAAAACAUGUCAGGUUUCGGAGGACCAAUUACAGGACUACCCUCAGCCACAUCAGAGUGAGCAGCCCACUAGUGAUGGAAUUGAUGGCAACAGUAGUCAGAAAGGCAUGGAAGAAGAGAGUGGGGCUGAGAAGAAGAAAUAUGAAAUAAUUCUAACAGAUGAAGGACGAUUCAUAUGUCAAGUCUGCGAAAAGACCUUUAAAACGGCUGUCAUCCUAAAGGCACACAUGGUUACCCACAGUGACAAGAAGGCUUUCAAAUGCAAGAUUUGUGGGAUGGCAUUUCGAACAAAGGGAUCUUUAGUUAGACACAAUCGACGGCACACAGAUGAGCGACCGUACAAAUGCCGGAUGUGUGGGAUGAGUUUCCGGGAGUCUGGAGCACUCACUCGCCAUAUGAAGGCUAUCACCCCCUGUACAGAAAAAGUCAAAUUCCAGCAAAUGAAACUUGGUUCAACAUCCUACCAGGAAGAGCCUGCACCAGCAAAUAAAGCUGAGACUCAGGAAGUAAAUAAACAGAUUGAGGAACUGGUUUCCACAGCAACAUCAAACUCCCCAGAAACAACAGCAGUGAUCAGUGUGCUGGCAAAUUCUGAAGGAAACUUCGAGGAGCUGCAGGUCCAUAAUAUGAGCCAGGCUUUGGAUCCUGGGGUUGAACAGAAACCACAGUCACCGACUUCCGCUGAGCUACCUCCAGAGGGGGAGACUGGCAAUGAGAACCUGAUCUGUCAGGCCAUGAGGAAUUCUGGGAUUGUCAUAGAAACUGUUACAAUUGGAGAUUCCCAGAAAUCCAGCGAAGCAUCUCCAUUGACUAUCGAGGGAGGCAUAGAAGAGGAUGUCAUUGAGGACUAUUGCAAUGAGAUAGAGGAAGAAGAUACGGCAAACCCAAAAAGUGAGAACAACUGCAAAACCUUCCAAUGCCCUCACUGUGGUCGAGUGUUCCGAGGAUCCAGCUACCUGCGCCUGCACAUUAAGGCACACUUGGGUUACAAGCCCCACAGGUGCGAACUGUGUGAAAAGGAGUUUAUGACGGCCUACAUUCUGAAGAAACACCUAGAAUCACACUAUAAUGAGCGGCGUUUCAAAUGUGGGGAAUGUGGCAAACUCUACAAGAGCAUCGCCCAUGUCAAGGAACACAUGAGAGCGCAUUCAGACGAUCGGCCGUAUUCAUGCCCAAAAUGUGGCAAAAGAUACAAAACUAAGAAUGCACAGCAAGUUCACUUGAGGACCCACUCUGAGGACAAACCAUUUGCAUGUGACUACUGUACCCGGGCAUUUCGAGAGAAGGGCUCCCUCAUCCGACACGUGCGCCUCCACACAGGAGAGAAACCAUUCACAUGCUACAAGUGUGGGCGAGGCUUUGCUGAACACGGGACACUUAAUCGACAUUUACGUGCCAAAGGUGGCUGUCAUGUUGGAUGCAAAGAGCUGGAACAACAGGUAUCGACAGAUAACAAAUCCACAGACAAUGUUGCUGCAACCAUUAUCACUGAUGACCCCCAUACAGUGCUGGUGGAGUUCUCCUCCGUAGUGGCCAAUACACAGGAGUAUAUUAUUGAGGCUCCUGCUGAAGUUGCUGGAAGCAGUGAUAUGGGCACUCUAAUCCAAGGCUCUAAGCAUCAGGUUGACAGUCAGAUCAUGAAAGUUGUGCAGCAAAUCAUGAACCAGGCCAACUCUGGCCAUCAGAUAAUUGUCCAAAAUGUUUCCAUGGAAGAGAACCAUGAAGAAGUAGCAGAUGCAAUCACCAUAGCAACGCCCGAUAGUCUCACUGAGCAGGUUGCAAUGACACUGGCAUCCAGCAUCGAGGAAGGACAGACCUUGUUGGCGGAAGGCAGCCUAGAGACCAGCCACAAUACUGUCACUAUGGUGGCAGCAGAUGGUAUUGAGAUGCUAGAACAUACUGAUGAGUAUAUGAUUACUACUCAGGAUGGAGAUGUGGAAAUACAGACUGUGGUAGUGGGUGAAUGACAGGAGCUUUUACUGGCCCUCCCCGGUUCCCUAAUAAGGGGAAAUCAUUAAUAAAGUGGGUGCCAGAACCGUGAAUACUGCAUUAUGUGGUUACUGCUUCACAACAGGAAUCAAUGUCUGGUCAUUUCAUUUAUUGUUUCCAAGCCACAGAACGAUACGUGUCACUAUUACGUUACAUUAAUGAAACUCUCAUGCUCAAAAUCUUCCUGCAUCAUUCAAAGUGUAAGCCAUUUUGCAGUGGACUGUGCCGAGAUACCUAAUUGCUUCAUGUUGCAGCUGAGUGCUAUCUAGCGCAUGUGCCCAAAGGAAUGCAUCAACAUGUAAUGUUGUUACUGAAUAGUGGUGGGUCUGUGACCGCAGAUUGUCUGCUGAUGAUGAGAGCAGGGCUGGACAGAAUCUGACCACCCUAACUGGAUUAUUGCUGGCCAUUAGUGGAACUCCUUCUCCUGAUUACUUUGUGUCUGAUUCUUUACUUUCUCCUACAUCUCCUCCUUAAUUUCUGUAAAUAACUACCUCAUGCCAAAAAUGGACCCUGCCCCAGAUGGAGCUGAGUCUAAUGCUCCAGUUACUCUGCCUUAUUUAAGAUUCAUUGCUUUACCAAGGGUUGCCAGGGGUAUUAUAUUGUCGAGGUAGCAGUAAGUACUGGUAACUGAAAUGCCUGUACAAGAGGGGAGGAUGGCACAAGGCAGGCAGUUGUGAGAAACUGACAUUAAGGAAUGGCAGUAAAAAGAAAUUCAGAAACAGAUUCAACUAAAAGACCUUCAGGGCCCUCACAGCUCGUGUUCUCAGUACAAAAGGAGCUAAAAUUUAAAAUUGUAUUUUUUAAAUUGAAGAUUGAAAUCCAAGAAACUCCAACUGUAGUUCUGAGCGGUUUCCAGUGAGACACUGGACAUGGUGAAAUUGUUAUUGACUUUUUUAAAAAAAAAAUUCAUGAAGUGUUGCUGUCUUGGUGCUUCUUCAGCUCUCGUGAUGGGGACCUGUAGUAACAACCACGGCAAAGAGAAACAACGUAUGUAUCAUUAGAUUGCUCGUUUAUUUAAUAAAUGAUACCUCGUGGAGCUCACCUCUGAACUCUAUUGGAAUUCUGAAGAGAAGCUUGUAUUCUCUGUUUCAUCUCUUGAAACUUCAGAGAUUUUAUUUCAUUUCUAUACUAGGUAUGGGAGGAAUAGUGAAUAGAGCCACAAAAAAGUAGAAUGGAAAAUAACAAUCCCCAAAGUCUCGUCUAAAAUCUCCCAGUAUCCUGUGUAAUAAAAAUGGAAUAUUGCAUAUUACAAUGCUUCAGCCCAUGUCCCUGAGUAAGAAUGUUUCCACACUCCACCAGAUAGUUAAACAAAAUGUGGCAUGCUCACUUCCAUUAAACGUACAGGAUUCUCCAUGAUGGAGUGCUGUUUUCAUAUUGUAUGAUAGCUUGUUACAUGUACACAAUGAGCUUACUUGUACUUUUUGGGCAAUUCACGACUGACUGCCUCUGUUGUAAAUAAGACUUGAGAGUUGCCUAUCUUGCUGUAAAUAAAAAUGCAGGAUUUUCUUUUUUACAGAUUCUCUACAACAGCAUGUUUUCUACCCCAGAAUACAGCUUAUUUAUCAGAUAUUAAUCUAUUUAUGAACAAUAUUUGUAAGCCAUUACUUCAGGGACAUUUAUCAUAAAAAUAUUAGGAUUUUUAAAUUACUUUUGAAAAAUAGAAGGAUAGAUCUGUAAAAAGCGGCCUUAAGUAUGACCAAAACUAACUGGAUUGUGACAAAAAAAAGUAUGACAAAUCAAAGUGAUGUAAAGUGUAUGUUUCAUCUGAGAUUACCUGUCACACUUUUCAAGAAAGAUUAUAUUGAAAUUGUAUAGAUUGUAAAGUAUCCCUUUUAAAUAUUACCAGCAGUGCUUUAGCUUGUUCAUUUUGGUAAUAAAGUGCGUGCCUGGCAUACAACAAUUGCCCAUUUACAGGAUCAUUGUUUCAGGAAUGAAAUAAAACUUGCGAUCGGAAGCAGAGUCCAGAAUGGACACCGAUAUGCUCAGCUUUAUUGCAGGAUUUUCCUGCUGACAGACUUUUUCCCCCAGAUGCAUUUGUAGUUGCUGUGGCUAACUGUAGCACUGAGGCAUUCAUAUCAGAAAGGGUUGCAUCACUGUGUCCUGCAUAAGAGAGACUCUCCAUUAAAUGGAUGUGUUUAUGAAUGAAAAUGCCAUGUGGUUGUGUGUGAGAAGUUUAUCUUUUUACCUUAAUCUGACGUUUCAUUUUCAGUGUACUCAAGGCAUGUACCAAGUUACUUUGCUGACUAUCAUUGGCGCCUCACUGUGUGACCUGGUUGACCUCAAA